AUGAACGAAGGUAACGACGGACAAGAACUCAAGUUCGCGCUGGAGGAGCAAGCGAGGCUGCACUGCGCUGCCAUCGAGUUGAAGCUAUUUGUUGCAAGAAAUGUGGACGGGUCGUGGUUUACUGUCACGGAGGAGCACCUGCGCCAGAUGGAGGAGGGGUUUGUGCCCUACGAGGUCUUCCGGCUGAUGAACGCGGCCAACACGAUACGUGUGUGGAAAAAGCUGUCUGAGUACAGGCUUCCAAGUGCCGAUCAACUGCAAGAUGACGAGUACCAUCUUUUGGUUCAGAAGCCUGGCCACCUUGGUGUUGAGCCGAUUUGGAAAACUGAAACAAUGCCGUCAGAUACGCUUUUGGGCGGCUGGAUGCAUUGCGUGAUGAAGCAGAGCGCUGUCAGAGACUUCGAGAUGGUUCACAGCACCAACUACGAAGCCCUUCAAGACGCCAAGCAACCCCGUUCAUUCGUGAUCCCAAUUUCUAACAACUUGCCCGAGCUGGGGAAUACGAUACUCGGGUGGAACUACAUUAAGUGGUGCCGAGAGAUGUGGCCUGUGGAGUCGCCAAGAAACCCGUUCCCACACGAGCUGUGCGCCUGCCACACCAUCUUCCUUUCUCCUCCGUCGCCCGAGUUACUUCGAGGACCUGUGAGCGCCCCACUCGUUAUCACGUCGCUGGUGCGAGCCAUAAAUAAUGAACUCGAACCUGACACCAAGCUGGACGUCACAGCGGCUAGCGCGAUGGAUUUGGCUUCACUCACGAAAAGCCUAGUGAAGAAGCUGGGGCCUCUUUUCAUCGUCUUCGAUGACAUUGGACGCUGGUUCAUGAACCCUCCAGCCACCACAACGGAGCUUAGCUUGUUCCACGCAUUCUGUAGGGAUGUAUCGCAAGUGUGGAUGGAGAUUCCGCGGGUAUAUUUUCUGGUGCUAGGUGAAACUGGACUCUUGCGGAAUGUACACGAGCAGACCAUGACGAUCAACGGCUCGGAAGCAGCAAAGUUUAUCUUCUGGAAUACUUCGGGUAAUUCUCAGAGGGUACUUGACCUUUUGCUGGAGUGCAGAACCUACAAGGACUUGAAGAUAUACGAGACUCCUUACUUAGCCUACGAGUGGCGGUGCAUCCAGGGAGAAGUGCUUAAAUACAGGGCACUUCUUCGAACAUGGCUGCUUGGAGACGCGAGUGUUGAUCUAACGGCCAAGGUUGAGGAUUUCGAUGGAGCCCUUGUCGUUGGAGAGCAACUGCUGCAUCGUUUCCGACUAAGGUGGGAAGGCACUCUGAACAAGGUAACGAUCUACGCUCUACCUGUAGUGAAACGAGAGAUGGUCAACCUGGUGUAUCGCCUGCGUGACCACCGCUGGAUCGACCUGUUUGCCGAGCCUGGUUUGCCCAAAGAGAAGCUGCCUGCAUUUUUCAAGGAGAACACCGUCUUUGGGGAGUAUCCAUCCGUGCACUUCUCCGACAACAUCAUAGCGACGCCCCAGAUCCGGCCCGGUACAAACAUCCGAUCGCUAUGUUUUGGGCAAAUUAUUGAUCUGGAGACAGCAAAAGCCGAGAGCUGGCCGCAACUUAUGCUGGAGGUUAGUGGCAAGUUGAAAGCUGGCGAGUGGAAGGCUCUCGACAAGGACGACGACUCGUUUUGCUUGAAGGCUCACCCGUUGUGGCCCGAUAAGCCUUCAGAGUCGUCUGCGACCAAUGCGAUUUUAAUGACACGGCAAAGAGAUAAUACGACUGGUUCUUCAGGAGACCCGGCCCAGGAAUCAGAAGCCAGCGAGUGGCAACCACCGCCUUGCCGUACACUUACAGUGGGGUUGGUCAUGAACUUUGCGUCGAAUGCAGUGGACAGCACUGAGCUGAAGACGCAGUGCCAGCACUUCAACGCGUUGUUUGAGAACAUGAGUAAGGGUACGAGGGAGGCCGUUGGUGUCAUGACCAAUGUGCUUGUUGUAUUCGCGCUGGAAUGCUCGGAGGAGGCGAAGCAUUUGUUCGAGAACGAUAAGACGAAGCUACUGGCCGACUACAAGCUCAUUCAAGACAUUGUGUUGCUCGAUUUGACUUCGUCCGAGCAGCGAUCCGCCUUCUUUGGAUUCGACAGCCGGGACAAGACGACCGGGCCUUUGACCGACACCAUCGAGAAAGUUGUGGAAAAGAUUGUCGAGCCUCGCGCCAAGAAGAAAAGGAAGCUGUAA